AUGGCGAGCGCGGCGCUCCCCGCAAAGCCCCAGGAAGCGGAGGCCCCGCAGGAGCGAGGCGCGGCGGCGCCCGCGGAGCCGGAGCCGGCGGAGGUGUCAGGCAGGGCCGGGGCGGCGGCGGCGGUGCUGGGAGAGACCGGGCUGGCCGUGGGCUGCUGCAUCGCGGCGGCGCUCAGCUGGGAGCGGCCCCUCCGCAGCCUGGGCGGCUUCGUCUGCGCCAACCUGCUCUUCUGGUUUGUUGCAUUGACCCCUUGGAGAGUGUAUCAUCUGACUUCCCUUAUAAUACUUGGAGUGUUAAUUCUUCAGAUAAUGAAGGAUUUGGUAUUCUCAAAGAUAAAAGGUGCGCAGCUUUGGAGGACCAUCACUCGCAACUGGAAAGUCACCGAUUCCAGUCAAGACUACAGACUCAGAAUAAAUCAGUGCAUUUCAGAAACACUGAUGAAUUUAUUUGUAUUUCUUCAAGAAAUGUCCCACUUUAAGGAACAAAACCCUGGCAAGUUUUGCCUACUAGUCUGCAGCAUAUGUACAUUUUUCACUGUCUUGGGAAGUUACAUUCCUGGAGUUGUCCUCUCCUAUGUCUUGUUAUUGUGUGCCUUUUUAUGUCCCUUCCUUAAGUGCAAUGAAUUUGGACAGAAACUGUGCAGCAAAAUAAAGGCUGUUUUGAUGAAAGUAGAUUUUGGAAUAGUGGAAUAUAUCAACCAGAAGAAAAAAGAGAGAUCUGAAACAGCAAAAACAAAAGCCACAGAAGAUGACAGUGAAUUAGACAUAUCAGCUCUGUGUCCUAAGGUUAGUCCUGCAAUAGUUGCCAAAGAGCUGUCAGUGUCUGACACAGAUGUCUCAGAAGUAUCCUGGACCGAUAAUGGGACCUUUAACUUAUCUGAGGGGUAUUCUCCACAGACAGACACGUCUGAUGAUUUUGACCGACCUAGUGAUCAUGAAGAAGCUUUCGCUCGAGAUCUUUUAGAGUUUCCCUCUUUAGAAAACGGUGCCGGCACAAACGAUGACGAUGACUCCAGCAUUGGUUUGCCCACCCAGCAAAAACGAAGGAAAGAGCAAACUGAUGUCAAGGUGGAUCACGCUUCCAGACAGAGUAAAGAGAGACCAUCCACUGCAGGGCUGUCCUUGCCGUUGACCAGUGACCAAACCUUUAAUUUAAUGAGUGGAAUUGCUGGCGAUGUCAUCACGGCUGCGGUGUCUGCUGCCAUCAAAGACCAGCUGCAGUCCUUACAGCAAGCUCCCUCACAGGCAGCGCCCAGCUUGAGCGAGGAGACAGACACAGAGGAAGCUGAUGAUUUUGAACUGCUUGACCAGUCUGAGCUAGAGCAGAUUGAGAAAGAACUGGGACUUUCACAAGGUCAAGAAACAGAAUCCCAGGAAAAGAAAAAGUCUUCAGGCUUCCUUUCAAAUCUGCUUGGAAGUCAUUAACCUUGAAGUUACGGCUGGUAACACAGAAGAAACUAAACAUAAAACACACAAAAAAAUACCAUCAAAUACUACAAAACAAACAAAAAAAAAAAAAAAAAGAGAAAAAAAGAAGAAAAUUCUGAGCUGUAAGCUUUAACUAUCCCUUUAGAUGUGUUGUAAUAAUUUCCCUUAUGCAAAGUGAAUUAACUGGAUAAGUAUCAGCUAAUACUGAUAGUUUAAUGUUUCUGGUAGUUAUACCUCAAUGUAAUAGCAUGGAAAUGAAUUCUCUAUCCACUGUUUGGUUGCAAAUGCGUGGUGGAAGUCAGUUGUUCAAAAUAGUUGGGGGAGAGGUUUCUUUUACCUUUUUGCCAACCAUCUGUUUUGGGGUCCUGAGCCAAAUUUCCAGUAUCAGCAGUUUAUUUUCUUUGGUUUUCCAAUCAUGUAAUACAAUUAAUGACUCAUAUUGUGAGGGCACGUUAUCAGAGGGCUGCGGUGAGAUUAACUGCAUCUCACCUCCUUCAAUCCUACCAAAAAGUAUGGAUCCCUGCAGUUAGCAUUAUGUGUAGUGCACCUACUGUAUAUGAAACACGUGAACUGGCACAAGUCAAGUUUAAUUAUGUGUGCAACACUAUAAAACCCCCUAGAUUUCAUACUUAAAACCUUUGAAUUAUUUUGGAUAUGGUGAUGCAUUUCCAAGUUUUUUGCUGUUAUAGGCUUGUAGAGUUGUAAAGUGGCAUGUUAUACGACUGACCACCUGCUGUGUUCCUUGAUGGAGUCUAGUCCUUGGCAGUAUUGCCCAUGUGAAGUCAGCCAAUGAAUCUUUAUGUUUAAAAGUUAAUAUUGUAUAAACUGAAUAACCUGUUUGGGAGCAGGUGAGGGUAGUUAUUGUUUGGAGUAGAGAUUAGAGAUUAAAAAAAAAAAGCAAAAAGGCUUUUUAGGUGCCACUUCCUUAAUUUGAGAUUCUGUAGGUUUUGGUUUUGUUUUUCUUCCCAUCAUAGCUGCUUCCACUUGCAACAAAAGUUGUCUUGCAAGGUGAUGAUUUUAAUAUACUUAGAAGCAUUUGGUGAGGUCAGUUGCUAGAGAAGACACUCAGAAUCUUCUUCUUGGCAUGUAAUUUAAAACAAAAAAAGAACUUGUUUAAAUUAUUUGCCAGUUUAAAGUCCACACAUUCUGAGUGAGUGGCAUGGGAUCUCAAGCAGAUAACUUAUUUUUCUAGGGCUUUUUUGUUCACCUGUGACAAAACUGCAUUGCAAUACCAAGCAAUAGUAAUCCAAGAAAUAGGAAGAAAUAAAGCUAGUUUUUUUAAUGUGAUGUAAACCGUUAGCAAAGUUGAGGGACCAUGUCAGCUGCUACUAUUACUCAAGUAAAUUUCCAUUUGCUGGCAUUUGAAGAGGUAAAUACUGUCAUCUAAGACCCUCAAAAAGUACAGCAACAGAUGAUAAAAAUCUUCCACUAACAUAAAUGUGUAGGUGAACCUGUGUUUGAAAUUAACUUCAUUUUGUAUGUUUUUUUCCUUUUGAGGUGGAAGAAUAGGCAGAUGGCCAAAAAGAGUACAGCAAAAGGAAGGAUGCCGAGAUGUUUUGACACUAGCUUUAUUGUUGCUUGUGCAUUUUGUGUCAGUAAUGCAAAUUGACUGUGUUUGCUGUCCUUUACCAGUACAAGGGUAAGCCUGUGCCUUCAUUAUCAAAUACAUUAUGAAAUAAGUUGAUGCUGGAUAUAGAUCCCACAAGACGCAGCUUCCAAAUUACAAUGUAUCAACACCUGAGUUUCUGGAAAUCAUCAGAAAACAUGGCCCACAUCACUUCUACAGCAUUAGUUGCUAAGUUUCGUCGUUAGCUGUCACUAGGUUGUUCUUCUCAUUUGGAAAAAGCAAAUUAAAAAAAAGAUCAAAUACCCAACCAAAAUUAAAAAAAGCUUUUGUUGGAAAAUCAGUGAGUUUAAAAAAUUCUCAGAUGACUUAAAAGCCUCAUUUUCUUGCCACACAUUUAGGACAAUCUGUAGAGUUAAAAGAGUACUAAUCCAAGUUGCUGAUGAAGCUUUGUAGGAUGCCCAAACAACGGUGUGCUCCCUUGUCCAGGGCUACUGGUGCCAGAAGGGGAAACAGGCUGUGGGACAGGAGAGGUGGCAGGGAGGGAGCAGUGCUUCACAGGCUUUUCUGGAGCAGAUUGGCAGGACAGGCUAGCUGGCUAUCAAUGGUGGCAUUGUAACAGCAUGCACUUUAUUGUUGUUUUAUGGAAAAUACUUGUGGUUAUGAGAGUAUGUAACACAGGGGCACUCUUCUAGAAUAAUAGAUUAGAUCAGAAAGAAAAGCAGUUGGAUGAGUUUCUCAGACUUUUUGUAAAUUACCCAUUUUCUGGUUUCAAGAUAGGUAAAUACACUGAUUUUUCUCCAGUAAGACUCUCAUUCUUUUUUUUUUUUCAGAAAGAAAAAACCAACCAAAACUUGAACAAGUAAAUCAUUAAAGUUAGAGACAUAGUUGCUUAUCUGAGAGUCUUCAGAAUUUUUUUCUGCUGUCAUGAUAGUCAAUUACAUUCAAGCCCCUAAAUACUGUGUAAUGGGAAGGAUGUAAUUCUGUAACAUUGAAUAUUCUUCCUCAGGUAGUAAAAAGAUGUCUGAUUUUCUGCAAAAAACUAUCUCUUCCCUUCCACACAACCACAUGCAAGAAGCAUUUGCGUGGACACAAUACAUUCCACUCCCAGCAGUCCGCCAGCAAAACACAAAGAAAAUGUUUCUCUCCUUUGUGGAUCCUCUCCGCACUGCCCUCAGCUGGAAAUCCCUUGAGAAAACUACAUUUGGCUGUAUUAUAGCAGCAGCCAAGAAAUAGCAAUUCCUCAAAAAUUCCUGUCACAAUGGUUCUUCAGCAUCUUUCCUAGCGAGCGCUGUUGUCACCUUCCCAUCCUUCAAAUGGAAUGCCUGGGCAGGAAGACAGGCAAGGGGGCAAUACAUAGCUUUGAAACAUACAGUUUUUCCAUGGAAAGCUUCCUUGCCUGUGAUUUCCAGUCAAAAGGCACACAGGUAGCAUAGAGGGCAUAGUGUGAGCCAGUGCCAUGGGGUAAGAGUGUGUGAUCCUGCCCUGGGAUAGGUGCUGCUUGUGUUGUGUGUGUGUGUGCUCAUACCUGGCAGCAAAGGGCUCACCCUCCUGUGCCUUGCAGUGGCUUCUUCACGCAUCCUGAUUUAAGAAAAGGACACAUGUCAGGGCAGGGAUGCAGGUCACUCUUUUGUACUCAGAAAAUUUCCCCUUGUGUCAGUACAUGAGUGACAGGAUCACCAACGGAUUGGUGGCCUUUGGUGUGUCAAAUCCAGUGCAAAACCACCCGUUCCCAGCACAUAGGGUUUCCAUGCGUACGUACCACACACCUACUGACCAUUCUUCUGUAUUUUAGUGGAAAAAAAACCUAUUCUAUGCAGAGGAGGUUAAAUAAUUGUAACCCGAAGUAAGUGGAUCUGAAGAGAUACUCGUUCUACUUGUUCUGUGUUUGUUCUGCACUUUUUCCAGGCUGUCCCAGCCUUCUGAACAAAUAAAUCCCUGUAGUCUCCACGUCUGUUCUCAGCACAUGAGCGGCGUUGCAGUCUGUGAGUAACCCCCACCUAGGCAACCAGAAACUGGAGAAUUACAAAAUGUCCGUAUUUAAGUAUUCUGCAGCACUUUACCUGCCUGAUCACUGUUUUGUAAACAUGGAACUAUUAUAUUGAUUGUUUUAAUAAAUAUGUGUUAGUUUUUAUCUUAAAUCAUCUCAUUGUGUCUUUGCUCCAAGAAAUGGAAAUAAACCCUAUAAUAACAAACGGGGUGACCUUAUCACUCUCUGCAACUACAUGAAAGGAGGUUCUAGCCAGGUGGGGCUCGGCCUUUUCCCCCAGGUGCCCAGUGACAGGACAAAAGACAGUCAUAAGCUGCAACCGGGGAGGUUUAGGUUGGACAUCGGGAAGAAUUUCUUCAUGGAAAGGGUGAUAAGGUACUGGGAUGGGCUGCCCAGGGAGUGGCGGUGUCACCGUCCCUGGAGAUGUUUCAGGAAGGACUGGGCAUGGUACUUAGUGCCAUGGUCUAGUUUGUGGAUGCCAUGGGACAGAGAGAGAGAAAUGGCUAGUGUUUCUCACAGCAGCUUGUGAGAAUUCUUGUGAUAAUUUGUUAAGUAUAAACAAUCUGCAGGUGGUGUUUUUCCACUUUGUCUUU